UUGCGAUUUGUUUCGUUUUGACGAAAUUGUAUUUUUUUACUCAUUUUAGUGCGUUUUCAAUGAUAUUUUUGCCUAAGGUGGAAAGGAAAAAAGAACCGCGUCUGUGUUUUCUCAAGUUAAAUGCACACAUAAGACCUUCUGAAUAAACGCUGCCCUGAUGGAGGGCGCGCAGACUCCAGAAGGCGGGCGCCGUACUCGCGCAGCGUUAGCCGAGAUCCCCGUGCGAUUAGACCGUCUGCGCGUGACACCGCUACAGCCGGUCACCAACAUGCGCGAGCGCUCCCCUGCAUUGCCUCCUGGUUAUCUCAGCCCCGCGCCGUCGCCUGACGAAAUGCUCAUUCAGCAAAGAGGUCGAAAACGCAUUCCAGUAACGUGGUCUCCAGAUAUCGAACUCAAACGUAAUUCCACGUUCCACUCGACCGUGCGCACGCCCCCCAAGGACACACCGAAUAGAGUAUCUCCUACAAAACUUGGAGUAACUUUACGGUCUACACCAAGAAAACGCCUCCUUUUAGGCGACGUCGAAAGAAUCCCACUUACCCCUGAAAAGAUCGAUUUCUCUGACAUCAGCACUCCACAAAAGUUUCAACUUAUUAGCCCAGUAAAAGGAACACCACCUGCAAAGAAAUCUCGACUGGAUAAAACAUUAGAUUCUGAAUUCAAAGGCCCUUUAGAUGCAGGUCUGAAAGGUUUAAGUCCAACACAGCUUGUGAACAUGAUCAGACAAAUUACUAAUAAACAUCCAGAUAUUGAACAGGAAAUUAGGCGGGAGAUGCCUAAACCGGAUUUAGCGCCGCUUGAAGAAAAGUUGAGCUAUUUAAAAGCCAACAUCUUUAAAAGUUUACCAACAUCACGACUGAUUUCUAAGACAGAUUCCCCUGCGUACUCUCGUGUGGCGAUACAUUUGUCAGCCUUUAAAAAAUGCGUGGUUGAACAAGGGAAGAUGUUAGUAGAAUCGCAGCAUUGGGAGUCUGUUCUUCAGUACGUAUUUCUCGCGUGGAGUUACGUAAAAGCGACACCUGUUUGGGACAACCAGCCACAUAACUCUCAAAGGAGACAAUGCUUCAGAGCACUUACAAGUAUCUGUAUGACUGCUUUGAGAAAAGGUUCGCUUAGCAAGGAAUUGCUUGUCGAUGUUCAAGACAGACUGCAGAGCAUGAUGGCAGACAAUGACGAAGUACAAUCUUGCAUCAAAUUUGUCCAAGGACAAGUAAAGGAUUUUUGGUGAAAUCUGCCAUAAAGUUACGACAACUUUAAAUUUGAUUUUUGUCAGCCAUGAGUUUUAGGUCUUUGUAAGAUUAUGUUUACUUGUGCUUCAUUGAAUUUCUACUUUUUUGUAUUAUUUUCUUUUAUAUUUUCGUGAAGUAUUUUAAUGUUUCUAUUGAUUUAGUUAUUUUUCGUAGAUGAAUUUUUUUGUGCAUUUAUAUAAAAUUCGGAAUCGAUUUUUUUUUACAUAAUGCAUUUUUAUUUUCAAUGAAACAUGCAAAUUGUACAACUGAAAAUUAGCAUUUUCAGUGUGUAUAGAUCAUAAGAGUAAUUGUACCUACGAUGGUAAACUUAUCUUCUUGCAUACAUUAGACAAAGAGAUAUAGGUUAUCAACACCUUAUUUGCUUAAGUUCCCUUGAUUACGAGAUUUUCUUUUAGGAUAGUGUAAGAAAAAUAAUCCACAAACGUAAAUUACACGAUUUGAGUCUAUACAAGUCUUCCUGAAUUGGCUACGAAAUAUGAUGCUUUACUUAUGCGAAAUAAAGGCAUUAUGUCACAUAUUGAUUGAUUCUCAUGCGAGAUAAAGUAGAAUACAACACAUAACAAUUCUUAAAUUGCGUAUUUGGAACUUAAGGGCAUCUUUAACUUAGACGUUAUAGAAGCUCUACACUGGCAUCACAGUGGCGCUGCCGCCGCGUUACUACUGAUUUUCAUACAAUAUUUAGGAGCAUUGUUGCAGAGCCACUGUCGUGACAUGCGCGCUCCGCUUUUGCAGUCACAACUAAAAAUUACUGAAUGCUUCUAAUGCGUCUAAUUUGAAAGCGCUCUAUGAACUCUGCCUUAAAUUUGUCUACUUGUACUCGAAGACUUGAGUAUCUGCCUUUUAGCGUGCCUUAUUGUAUUGUUUAGUGUAACUGUUAUUGACUAGAUAUCAAUUUGAUAUUGUAACAGCUUCUAGUUAUAAUGUGUACU